UCAGUUCCUCAGUUCUACUUUUUUGUGGAGACAGAAACACAGCUCUUGGUUCUAUUUGUUUUUCUUUUAGGCACUGCUAACAGAGUUAUGAUAACUUAUUGUACCAUGAAUAAUUAUGAAAUAGUAUUAACAGGUGAAGGAUGUAAUAAAUUAGACAUCUCUUCAUUUUAGAGAAGAUGGAAACAUCAUUGGUUUUCUUUUCUCAAUUAAAUAUGUGCGAAUCAAAAGAAAAAACUUUUUUCAAGUUAAUACAUGGUUCAGGAAAAGAAGAAACAAGCAAAGAAGCCAAAAUCAGAGCUAAAGAAAAAAGAAAUAGGCUAAGUCUUCUCGUGCAGAAACCUGAGUUUCAUGAAGAAACCCACUUCAGUAGAUCUGGGCACUUGGCCAGAGAAACAAGAGUCUCCCCCGAAGAAGCAGUGAUAUGGGGUGAAUCAUUUGAUAAACUGCUUUCUCAUAAAGAUGGACUGGAGACCUUUACCAGAUUUCUUAAAACUGAAUUCAGUGAGGAAAACAUUGAAUUUUGGAUAGCCUGUGAAGAAUUCAAGAAAAGCAAAGACCCUCAACAAAUUAUCCCUAAAGCAAAAGCAAUAUAUGAGAAAUUUAUACAGACUGAUGCUCCACAAGAGGUUAACCUUGAUUUUCACACCAAAGAAGUCAUUACUAAAAGCAUCACCCAACCUACCUUACAUAGUUUUGAUGCUGCACAAAGCAGAGUGUAUCAGCUUAUGGAACAAGACAGUUACACACGUUUUCUGAAAUCUGACAUCUAUUUAGACUUGACAGAAGGAAGACCUCAGAGACCAACAAAUCUUAGAAGACGAUCACGCUCAUUUACCUGUACCGAGUUUCAGGAUGUAAAGUCAGAUGUUGCCAUUUGGUUGUAAAGAAAAUUAAUUUUGCUCAUUUUGAUGGCAAAUUUGUAGUCUGCUUUUAAGAUAUAACAUGCUUACUUUUAACAAAUAGGUACAUCUUUAAAAUAAAAUGCAUCAUGUCAAAGGAUUUUAAAAGUGUAAAUGAAAACUUAACAUUUUAACAACACAUACUAUAUCUGUCAAUGUAUUCUGUAAAGCCUUCCAUUUGACUUAAUUCCAUUCAUAAUCAUAAAAACCUAUUACAUAAUGGGAAGGAAGUAAAAGAGUAAUAACAGUGUUUUAUAGAAUGAUUCAUUAGACUGUAAAGUUGAAUAGAAGUUAAGCCAAUAGUUAGAUCAAAUACCUAGUUUGGAUUUUUUUUCUAGAUGUAAACAAAUUAAUGCUCAGAUAUCCAUAUAUUCAGAAUACAUUUUUCAUAAUGAUGAAGAUUCUUUUUUUCUCAGUUAUAGAGAAGUGGUCCUGUUCUUAUAAUAGGAGAGGGCAAUCAUCUGUUCUGCGGUUACAACCCUGGGUUUGAGAAUAAACAAUGUAUCACUUCCAGUGAUAAGCCAGAAACAGAAACUCUGGGGAAUGGAUUCACUUAUAUAGAACUUCCAAGUUAAACAUAAUCCACAUUGAAAACUGAUAAUAGGAUCCAUGUUUGGGCUCAUUUUUAAGUAAAUAUGAGCAUGCUCCAGUAAGUGGAACACAUUUCCUCUUUUUUUUUUUUUUUUUUUGUGGAACACAUUUCUAACAGUCACAGAACCAUGACCAGGUUCUACCUAACUCCAGACUGGGACUAGGAACAUCUCACCUGCUAACAGAAAUUACUACUAAAGUACUAAAGUAGUGGGCAGUCAGUGGUUUGAAUGAGGCCCAGGGAAGAUUUAUCCCAGCUGUAUUUAGGUUUCAUUUUUGGACUUUCAGGAGCGGGAUAGAAAUUAGAAAUGAGAGGAGGUAAAGAAGCAAGGAGUCCAAACCCUGGAGACUCAUGUAUCUGCUACAUUGUCUCCUAUAAAGGAAGUGUUCCCCCAUUGAGCAUGUUCUUGUUCCAAGUCUCAUUGAAUCAUUUCAUACUAUAUUAUUCAAAUAAGAUUAUGGUCAUAAGUUAUAUAUAUAUGUCUCUACUUUAGGGAAAUAUUUAAUUUUAGAUGUGUGUUGCAUGUAAAUAUCUAUAUCUAAAGAUGUCAUACAUUUGGCUUUGGCAAAUGUUGUUUUAGUUGAAAUGUAAAAUAUAAAAACUGAG